UGUGCUGUCACAACCGGCGGCACUGGGACUUAAUGGCAUUUCAGCCCCGGGCGCAGCCGUCGCCGAAGGUGGAGAGAAUGGUUUCUAUGCCAACACGAAGGAGUGCAGAUGGCAUCAAUUAUUUCGGCCGCUCAGAUUUCGACCGCUCUCCGCCCCAAGCGCAUCGCCGAGUGGCGCAGGCCCAGGCGAUGCCCUGCCAAGCGCCUGCAGCGCCCAUGGGGUCCCUGGGCUCCCUGGGGUCCAUGGCUGACGCGAGGCUGAGCUCGGGCAGUAUGGCGGCAUGGUGCCCCAGCCCGCGGGUGGCCCCGCUGUCUUCCGCCGCGAGGACGCAGCUGCACCAGCCAAUAUUGUCGCCCAGAGAGGCGACACCCAGAGUUCCGGACUUCCUCAGCAGGUCCAGCCGGGAGCUGCAGACGUCUGCGCUGGCCCUCUACAGCCCCGGCCGAACACUUUUGUCGCAGCCGAGCGCGGCUCCGUCUUUGGCGCCAGGCAUGUGGCCGGGCUCCCCGAUCUCGCCACGCGGAGCCUCGCCAAGGAGCACGGCCCCGGCGCCGGCGCAGGAGCGCCCGCCUCUCUGGGAGCAGCAUCGCCUGCAGGCACUGCGCCAGCUGCGGAGCCGAGAAGUGCUGCAUGCGCCAGACGCAGGCGGCGCGAGAAGCUCGCAGCCGGCCAGACAGCCCAGUCAGCCAUCGCAGAAGCUGCAGGGAUACUCCCAGUCCUCUCCUCAACAAUCACAGCAACAACUGCAACAGCAGCCAUUGCAGCAGCAGCAGCAGCAGCAGCAGCAGCAGCAACGACUGCUGGAGUUGCAAGAGCAACAGCAGCGGCAACAGCAGCAGCAGCGACUGCUGGAAUCGCAAGAGCAACACCAACAACAAUUGCAGCACCAAGAACAACAACCCCAAGCACAACCCGAAGCACACCAACAACCGCAAGAGCAUUGCCAGCCGACGCAGCAGCCCCAAGUGCACGCUCAGGCCAGGCCACGGCCCGAGCCAACAAAAGCGAGUGAGCCACAAGCGCCACCAGCGCCAGAAGCGCCGAAUUCGAACGUCGAGGCGGUGGAGGCCGCCCGACAAGCCUGGCAAACAGCGGCCGCCGCCCCAGCUCCAGCGGCUCCGGCGGCUGUGCCUCCGGCGAAGCCGCCGCCAAACGUCCAGGAGCAGCACGCGUCCCUGUGCUUGUUCGACUCCCCUCGGGACGCGUGCAAUGCCAAGGCUCCAGAGCUGCUUGAGCGCUUGUCGCAACUCGAGGCGCAGGUACAAGAUCGUGCAAACCUUAUGGCGCGCAUCAACCGGCAGCAAGCUCAGCUCGACCGAUUGGAGGCGCUGGCGGAGGAGAACGCCACGCUGCGCGCCCAGCUCCGGCGCCGGCCCGUGGUGAAGGAGACACCUCUGCCCUUGAGCGCGCGCGGGGAGAAGAACCGCACCGAACGCUGGGAAGGCGCUGCCUCGCCCACGCUGGUGCGACGCUUCCGCACCGCACCGGAGGCGCGGCACUCCGAUGCCCCGGUCGUGUUGACUGCCAGAGCCCCGUCUCAACGCGGCGAGGCCAAGGUGGCCAUGGUGGAGCAAACCCUGGCGGAGCUGGAGAAGGCGCUGGGCCUGCAGGGCAGCCCUGACAAGCAGCUGAUUCUUGAAAGCUGAGAACAGCCUCAAGGCGCUUUGCUACAUUUGUUUGUUGUUGAAAGAAGAUUCCUUCCUGG